CCAUUUACACCUCCGCGGUCGGCGGAUCACCAUGUCCCUCCCUCUUCGACCUCUUCCCAAUCCGAUCACCUCUAAUCGCAGGUCUCGUAGCCGGUGGCACGUGCCAUGUCAAGUGGUUCUAAGCCGAAAGUAGCAGUCUCAAUCCGAGAAAAGCUUGGAAGGUCACAAUCCCCUAUUGUCUUAAUCGUUACCUCCUCCCGCACCCCAAGCAAACCUUUUAUAAUCACCACUAUCCCCUAUUGUCUUAAUCGUUCUCUAUUCCUUCCUCCCCCUCCACCCUCAGCCUCCCAGACACUGUUCCGAUUGUAUUCUUGUCACUUCUUCCCCUGCCAGAGACCAAAGCAGCUAUCUCAGGAAUAUCGUCAAGCAGGUCGUCGUUUGGAUUAUGAUCUUCGUGGUUCUUGAUUGGGUGCUCAUGAUGCUUGUUUUUUUAAUGUUCUACAUAAGCUGUAACCAUAUGUAUAUAGCAGUUUUCGUGGAUAGAUCCACUCGUGCGGUAAUUUCCGUAUAUUCAUGAUUUGCAUAUGACCUUUUUUUCCAUUGGGAGAUCCUUGAUGCUGAAUUGACACCCCUUACAGAGUGUCCUUAGCUGCUAUCUGGUCAGGAAAUUUUCAUCAAUUGUGGAGCAGUCUCGGAAGUAAUUCAACUAUCAAGUUUCUCAGAUGUUCAUGAUUUGCAUAUGACCUUUUUUCCAUUGGGAGAUCCUUGAUGCCAACUUGACACCCCUUACAGAGUGUCCUUAGCUGCUAUCUGGUCAGAAAAUUUUCAUCAAUUGUGGAGCAGUCUGGGAAGCAAUUCAACUAUCAAGUUUCAGAUGUUCAUGAUUUGCAUAUGACCUUUUUUCCAUUGGGAGAUCCUUGAUGCUGAAUUGACACCCCUUGCAGAAUGUCCUUAGCUUCUAUCUGGUCAGGAAAUUUUCAUCAAUUGUGGAGCAGUCUCGGAAGCAAUUCAACCAUCAAGUUUCUCAGGUUAAGUACUAAAUGUGUCCCUGACAAAUCAUUUGAUGCUAGGAGAUGCCCACUACGACAGUUGACAAAUGUAGUAGAAGAACUGAGACAGGAGCCACAGAGUUUUAUUACAUCAUGUGGCUGCCAUGACUGGAGACUUGAGAAAGUGACAAUUGCGUCAACAACAAAUAUGAAUACCCAUCAGCAAGAAAUUCAUGAACUUAAAGCUGUUCAGUGUUACAAUAUCCAAGAAAGUACUCUCAAGAAAUCUGUUGAGCGUCCUGCAACUAUCCUCGUUUUUGAUAUUGAAACCACUGGGUUCAGUCAUCAAAAUGAAAGGAUUAUUGAGUUUGCACUUCGUGAUCUUAUUGGUGGCAAGAACAGUACAUUCCAAACCCUUGUAAAUCCUGAAAAAGAUGUACUGAAUGCAUUUGUUCAUGGAAUUGACACAUCUAUGGUCAACAGGCGUGAUGUCCCAACAUUUAGGGAGUUGCUUCCUGUCCUACUUCAAUAUGUUCGGAGCCGCCAAGUGGCAGGAAGGCCGGUUUUGUGGGUUGCUCACAAUGGACGUAAGUUUGAUGUACCUUUCAUCAUCAAAGAAUUCGAGCGCUGUUUGGUGGAGAUUCCAUCAGAUUGGAUGUUUGUUGACACUCUUCCUCUUGCACGCCAAUUGAUGAAGCCAGAUGGAACAAAGCUUACUUCCUCCUCAUUAAAGGCACUACGUGAGCACUACCAAAUUCCUUUGGUUGGACCAGCACACAGAGCAAUGCAGGAUGUCACGACACUCUGCUACGUGCUCCAGAAAAUUACUUUCGAUCUAAAACUGUCUAUUCCUGAGCUCAUGGAUAGAGCUUUCCGGGCUUCGGACUUUGUGAAACUUCCUCUUGAGAAAUAAGAUGGAGGUGUCCAACUCAAAAGCAAAACUAAAAAACAUGCGUUAGUUAUUAACCUUAACUCUGGAAUCAUUGUUGUAUCUGUCACCAUUCAAUAGGUGGUUUCUGGUAAUUUUUCUCAUUACCAUUAUGGUAAUGAAUUUAUUUAUCAUUUCAUUUAGUAUACCUCCAUGAUUGAAUGAGAAUUCUAGUUGUCUUAAAUGCUAAAAAUAUUGUGAGAAUGUUAAUCCUAAAUUAUUUUUACUCGA